AUGACACCUUCUCUUACAAAAGCAAAAGUAAUAACAAGCGUUUAUCACCGCCAGAGGAGUGCAGUGGAUGGGCUGCUGUUUGUUUCAGUGAAGAAGUGGCCUUUGGAGCAACUCCCAAGAGGAGAGUACCUAUUGAAAAAACAUUUUGAGAGUCAGGGGAACCUACUCCAGUUUGACCAGCAAGCCUCUGGUGGUAUGUUCAUCUUUCCUACCCUGAGAAGAUGGAGAGGGAGUGGUUGGGAGGUCUCACACUCAUUGCUUCAGCAAAAAGACUCCUUGAACAUGCCCAUCAGAGGAAGCUGGAGGGAUCCUGCAGACUCCUCAAGUUGCCAUCCCAAGAGUCUACCUAGAAGUCCAAAGGAUUCUUUUCACUUACUGUCACCCUUGCGACCCCAAACAUGGUAGCCUUCAAAUCCUGAAGGAGCCAUCAAUACAGCCAACAAAAUCUGGCCACAAGCAAAGCCGAGUGAAGAGGAUGGCAUUGCUGCCCAUGAGCCCAGCAGUCAGGUAUUCCUCCAGGGAGGAAAGAGCCACAUUGCUCAGCCUUGCCAUGCAACACCUAAAGAUUCUCAGGUGUCAGACUACAGCUUCAGAAAUGGAUGGGAGCUGUCCAUGGCUUCAAGGGCCCGGCCUGUUAGAGGUUCAGUUUACGUUGAGCAAGGACGGGAACGAUCUAAGCGCAUGUCUGACCCAGAGAGCUGCCCAUCCUCCCUGGUGAUUACAGACUUCCUCCAUUUUGCUUCAUUUAUUACGAUAUCCAGGAACAGGAGAGGAGCUCUGACCAUGACAAGAAAACCGCCCUCUGGUCAGAUGGCCUUGGGAGAGCAGCAAGAGACUGCAUGGGAACUUUUCACCAGCGAAUGCACUUAUUUCUUGGACCAUUUAUUGGUUCUUCAGAUGAUCUUCAGGAAUAUACUGAAAUACCUAAGCAUUCAUGACGAUCUAUUGGAUGUGGGUGUUUUUGGAAACUCUUGGGGACUUAGAGGUGGUAUCAGAAGUAAUGCUGAGAAGAUUAUAAUCCACUCCAUUAAGGAAAAGGUAGAGAAGUCAACCGGUAAGGAUCUUGAAGGAAACGUGAGCUGGCUUGACAAUUUCCAAAAGUUUAGACAUCCACAGGAGAUUAUAGUAUGGCCUCUACUUUGGGAUUAGGACAAAAGGAUUUUCGUUCCAUAGGGCUUGAAGAAUCACAUUUUCAAAGAACAUCAGACAGAAAAUCACUUGUCAUGGAACAGGAACCUUCUCUAAGAAGGGAAAUUAACUUCUUCAGAAAACACAAGGUCCCUGGAUGUCUACCUGUUCCUCUUUGAUGAUUUCCUUUUAAUUACAAAAAUUAGGCUCAACAAAAAGAUACAUGCUAUAAAACUCGGAGGCUUAAUGUGUCCUUCACUUACUCCUGACCUGCAAGCUAUAGUAAAAUCCACAAUGCCUGAUCAGCCCAUCCCACUGGACAGAUAA